CGAAUAAUAAAAUGCAAUCCAAGUCCGAAUCCAAUUCGAUGUUGACCCGAGAGGGCCAGGCCCAGCCCAGCCCAACGUCCACUCAAAAAGCCAAUGGCAAACCAAUAAUUUCAAACCAAUUCCAGUCCCUUUUACAAUAGACAGGAAAAAUCCCAUAUGGCGAAAUUUCUCGAUUUUCUAAGCGGUCAAAGCAGAUACCACAAAAGUGUGACAAAUCCGGUAUUCUUAUAUUUUACAAGGGCAAAUCUGUCAUUCUAUAUUCACUAUAAGUAUCCAACAGUUUUCUUUCCAAGAACACUCUCACCAUUCUCUCUCUCUCUCUCUCUCUCUCAAACUUUUUAACGGACAAUUCUUCUUCGUAUCUCCACAGGCGGAAGAACCCAAAACGACACCGUUCGAUUCCGCCGGCCACUGUUUUGAUAUCCAUUCUUAAAAACGCCACCAUUUUUGAGUUCUGUUACUGGUCUUGCAAGAAUCCGAUUGUUUAACAGCUGUUGAAUCUUGAUCGUUCAGUUUUGCAAAACGACGUCUUUUUAGUGGGCUGUACGAGUAAAAGGGCGAGGUAUAAAUAUGGUUGAUUAAUUUUUGAAUUCUUUUGACAGGGAGUGAAAGUCGUGUAUAUGGGUAAAGUGGGGGUAAAGUUGGCGGUGGGAUGUGCGGUGGCCGCGUGUGUGGUGGCUUCGGUGAUGGUGGGGCGUAGGGUGAGGAGGAAGAGGGCAUGGAGGAGGGUGGUGAGGGUGCUGGAGGAGUUGGAGGAGGGUUGUGCCACUCCGGUGGGGCGGCUGCGCCAGGUGGUAGACGCCAUGGCAGUGGAGAUGCAUGCCGGCCUAGUCUCUGAAGGCGGUUCCAAGCUCAAGAUGCUGCUUACCUUUGUUCACAACCUCCCUAGUGGGAGUGAAAAAGGGACUUAUUACGCUCUGGAUCUUGGUGGUACAUAUUUUCGGAUUCUACGGGUUCAAUUAGGAGGCCAAAGGUCUGCUGUUAUUGGACAGGAUGUAGAUAGACGACCUAUUCCUCAGCAUCUCUUGACAGGCACUAGUGAGGAGCUCUUUGAUUUUAUUGCAUCAUCACUGAAGGAUUUCGUUGAAAGGGAAGAAAAUGUUUCUGAACAAAUACCAAGUGAAAGAAGGGAACUUGGCUUUACUUUCUCAUUUCCAGUGAAACAAACUUCUUCUUCAUCAGGCAUUCUUAUUAAAUGGACAAAAGGGUUUGUCAUUGAAGACAUGGUUGGAAGAGAUGUUUCUGAGUGUCUACAGCAAGCAAUAUCUAAAAAAGGCCUGGAUAUGCGGGUGAAUGUACUUAUAAACGAUACCGUGGGAACAUUGGCUGUUGGUCAUUAUCAUGAUGAAGACACAGUAGCUGCUGUGAUUAUUGGGACAGGCACCAAUGCUUGUUAUUUGGAGCGAGCAGAUGCAAUUAUUAAGUGUCAACGUCUUCUUACAAUGCCGGGAGACUUGGUAGUCAACAUGGAAUGGGGAAAUUUUUGGUCGUCUCAUUUGCCCCGAACAUCAUAUGAUAAUGACCUGGAUGCUGAUAGCCCAAACCCAUAUGAUCAGGGUUUUGAAAAAAUGAUAUCAGGGAUGUAUCUGGGAGACAUUGUGCGUAGAGUAAUUCUUCGGAUGUCAGAGGAGCUGGAUGUUUUUGGACUAGUAUCUUCCAAAUUGCACGUGCCUUUCAUCUUGAGGACACCUUUGAUGGCUGCUAUGCACGAGGAUGAUACGCCCGAUUUCAGGGAGGUGGCCAAAAUUUUAAGAGACACCUUAGAGUUCUCCGAAAUUCCUCUAAAUGUUCGGAAGCUUGUUGUGAGGGUAUGUGAUGUGGUGACCUGCAGAGCAGCCAGAUUGGCAGCUGCGGGUAUUGUUGGAAUACUGAAAAAGAUUGGCCGGGAUGGAAGUGGCGGCAUAGCCAGUGGAAAAAAUGAAUGCGCAAGCCGGAGUGAGAUGAGACGAACUGUGGUGGCGGUUGAGGGGGGUUUGUAUACAAACUAUACGUUGUUCAGAGAAUAUCUGAACGAAGCAAUGACACAAAUAUUAGGCGAGGAGAUUGCACCAAAUGUCAUCAUCAAGGUGAUGGAAGAUGGAUCAGGCAUUGGAGCAGCUCUCUUAGCUGCAUCUCAUUCGACCUCCAGUGUGGAUACCGUACAGAUACCAUAAAUGAAAGAAUAUAUGUAGUCCUUGUAGAUAUGUAGAAAUCACAUGCAUAUCUUAUUUAAUGUGGAAAAGGGUGGUUGUUUUCGUGUUUAUCGUAUAGUAAUAGGUUAUUUGAUAGGUGGCAGUUUCUCCUGAUGAUAUUUUCCAAAUGUUCCUAUUCAGUUUGUAGUCUUGAAUAAUUGGUCAUUUUCCAUUUUUGUCUGCAUAGUUGCAGUGCAACAAUAGUUGAGUUUAUUAACUUAUUCUAUUAAUUCGUUUAUAUGUUAUCAGGAUUUGGCA